AUGUCAUCAAUUUCCGGCCAACAUAAUACCAAGCUGACAACCGAGGUAUUGAAGUGAAUACGAAAUGAAGAAUAUUUCAAGUCUUUCUUCCAAACCAUCUUGAAAAAGAAAGAGGCCUUGAAAGAUAUUUCGGAACCCAAAGUACCAAGAAAGAGAAAGGCACCUGCAAGAUAUGAAGUGGGAAGAGAACCUUGGUACACUGAAACGUCGGAAGAUUUGUACAGAAAAAUCUAUUAUGAAGCUCUUGAUCUGAUUGUAUCGGCCAUCAAUGAACGUUUUGACCAGCCCAGUUUUAAAGCUUAUGCGAAAUUAGAAGCACUUCUUCUAAAAUCUUUGAAAUCAGAAGACAUUUCUUAUGAAAUGGCCUGUGUAAAGGAGGUUUACCAUCAGGAUAUAAAAGUAGAGUUUCUUAUCCCACAACUGGAAAUUUUCAAAGUAUUGAUGAAGGAGAGAAAACUAGAAUAUUUUGCUGAGGUCUUAGAUGCUGUGAAAAAUUUGGAUUACAAUACCCAGCAAAUGAUCAGUGAAGUAAUCACCAUCUGUAAACUUCUAUUGGUUAAUCCAGCAACCAGUGCAACUGGUGAAAGAUAA